CUCGAGGCGGAGUGGAUCUUCACCGGGAAAUAGGCGAUCUGUUGUUCCCCGGCACUCCGACGGAAAACACAGCACUCAAACUCGAAUGGCCGAUAUGAAAGAUAAAUCUUCGAAUGAAGAAGAGAUAAAUCUAGCAGCCAGCGAUGGAGGUGGUGGUGGAUGGGGCGGCUGGGGGUUCUCCGCGUUCUCUUACCUCUCCGACCUUCAGAAGGCAGCUGCCGUUGCUGCCGAGGAGAUCUCCCGCAAUGCUGUUGAGGCUGCCAAAACAGCAGCAAAAACCCUUUCUGACGUGCAGGAUGGGGAUGAUGCAUCUGAACCAUCUAGAGAGCAUGAAAGUGAAGACUCUGCAGUUGAGGAGCAAAGUGAAGAUGAGGAUGACAAGCGACGCAAGGAGGCUUUGGAUAAAUUGGAGAAAGCUAGUGAGGAUUCUUUCCUUGGACAGGGAAUAAAAGUUAUUGACAAUUCAGUUGAGAGUUUUACUUCAGGAGCUUGGCAAGCACUGGGAAAUGCAUUGAAAGGCGGUUCUGGUUUUGUACACAGGCUCGAGGAAUCCAUUCAACACGGUGGCCUGCCUGGAGCAACAGGCUCUGUUGGACCAUCCAUACUGGAGACAGGGAAAACUUUUACUGCUAAGGGAAUGCAAAUGCUUGAGCAACUUGGUAAAGAAACCAUGGAUCUCUUAAUCUCAGAAACUGGUAUUGAAGUUGAGAAAAAGACCAAGGGAACUGAAGGAGAAGUAGAUGAAGAUCAGCUAUUUGAGGAGGUUACAUUUGAGCGAUGCUUCUAUAUUUAUGGGGGUCCAGAACAAUUGGAGGAGCUUGAAGCACUGUCCAACCAUUAUGCAAUGCUAUUUAACAGGAAGAAAGUGAAGCUACCUUCUGAACAAAGGUCUACUUAUGAUGGAAAAUUUAAACAGGUCCAACUGAUCCUGGACUUGAGUUUUGAAAUUGAUGGAAAUAUUGAUUCAGAAAAGGGGAAACAAGUAGAGACUGGAUAUUUUGAGAACACUGAGAUAAAGAUUUUACAUGAUUCUAGUGUGAGAAAGGCUGCUCAAUUGGCCGCGGGUUUUGCAAAUGCUUUGGCUGGACUAGCUCCCAUUGAUAUGAUUCAAAGGACCGUGGGGAGACUGGAAUCUCUCCACUCAGAGGGUGUUCAUAGGCUUUCUGAAAUGUGUUGCUCUGCUGUCACCCAAAUUCUCAUUCUUGGAAAAUCUAUCAUAUCAAAUGUAAACAAGAAUGGACCGGAUGAGGAUGGUGAUGAGGACAUGGGUAGAGUUAAAUGGCCUGAGGAUUUUAUUGAAAGAGCUAAGAUUAUCCGAGCCAGAGCAGAGUUCAUGACUUCAAGUAUUGAGGCAGUCUCUUCAAGUUUUAUCACAGGUAUAUCGGACGUUAAUGAUGCAUACUUAGCUGCGAGCAAAGCUGUUUCUGCUUACUCCCAUGAAACUUCCCAGAAAACGAUCAUUGCCAAAGCUAAUAAUUUUUCGGAAGACCUCAGCGCAGAUCGUGGCACAGCCAUUGGGAAAGUUCAGGAUGGUCUUCGGUUCUUGCGUUAUUUGGUUGUCACUACUUCAAUGCCUGCUGCUUGAGAAUUAUUAGUAGAUGGUUUGAUGCAUCCAUGAAUCAGUUCUGUUUUGGCAUCUGUGUAAAUAGUUUCAUAUAGAAGUCCAUUCACAUGUCCUUUCUCUUCCAAACAGACCCCUGCUCAUUUUUUAAGACAUCUCUUUCUCAAGGGAAGAUACAGACAUAGCAUGUACAAAAUGCUUGGUGUACUGCUGCUUAGGGUUACCAGCUGGGUUAGUUGUACUUUGGGUGUUAUUCUUUGUGGGGCCCACUUGUGAUAGACUUAUUCUUUGCUGGAGAAAGCAUGAUUCUUUUAAGAAAUACAACCAAUACACGGAUAAAAACAUAAGCAAUGGGCACACACCAAGCCAGUUAAUUAUGUAUGUGCAGCAUCUCUUUUCCAACAUUCAUAUAACGCCACUUCUUAGAAGAAGUGGUUAAUCAAACUCGCAUAACAAUGAUUGCCUUAUAUUGUCAUUGUCCUUGAAUCCUUGUUCUUUCAUAUAUAUCCUUCCCAGCACGCCCUCUUUGUUUGAACCAUUCUAUGCAUAAAGAAUUUUUUUCCACAACAUGCGAUGUUAAUGCACUAUCCGACUUUGUGCAGUUAAUUUCAUCCAGAAGACCGUAUAGAUUGGGAUGGCACCCAAAAGGCAUUGCAGAAAUUUGAUCGGUGUAAACAACAACAACAACAACAACAACAACAAAAUGCAGAAAAAUAAAAUGCUUGGAGAUACCUCAAAAUAAAAUGUUGUGGAAAUAGAAUGCAGAGAGAAUCGAUGUAAGUGUGGAUAUAGUGCAGGAAAGAUGGUGCAGGAACCGCCAAUGGUAUACGGAGUAUUUGUGAAAAGCAGCGAAAUUGGAAAGAUGGUAAGAGAGAGAUAUUAUUGAAAAUGUGCAUGGCAAUAUAUAAAAAGCAAGGAACGAAGGAAAAGCAAGAGAUGAGGGAAUUGAAAUGGGUGAAGGAUAUGUUUAUGCCCUGAGAUGCCUACAAUUUAU